AUGGGCCGCACUCCGAGCUGCCGUGGCGAUGGAUUAUCAGACGAGGCCCUGGCGCUCAGGGCCCUGAAGCCUGUGAAGCGUCCCGCUGACUGGGGCGCCGAGUUGCCGGAGGAUCCGAUCCUGUGCUCACAAGCACCACCGGCCGUACUGACAGGCCUCGACAAGCCAAAGCCUCCAAACAGUGUGAGCGCGAAGGUCUGGAGAGUUGCCGCUGAUGCCCGGAAUAAAGGUGCAAAGCGACCUCGGAUGACAGCAAAAAGUCGCUCAGUGAAAAGCUUCUCUGUCUCUCCCCCGGUGGUUGCGCACCACCUUGAAAUGCAAGCAGUCUCAUGCAAUGUCCUACAUGAUGAAAGAAGAGAAGAACCCAGAGAGAGCCUCGAAGGGCCCAAAAAGCAGUGCCAGUACAACAUCUUGGCUGCUUUGGGCAUUCCACACAAAGGCCAGGAAAGGUGGACCGAAGUGCAAGGAGCUCCAGCAUCGAACUUGCAAACACAAGUUACUGCACCAAAGGCGAGAAAGAAGCAAGUCCGCUCGAAGGGACAGCAUCCAACUCGGGAUCUGCUCCGGCAGUUUGCGCUGCUCGCACCUUCGCGCUCCAAGAGCAAGGAUGCCGUGGAGGGAACGGUGGAAGAGCGCACGGACAGUCACUCGGAGGAAGUGGCCUCUGCCCUCCAUGGAAAAGCCUUUCAGGUGCGGCUGAAGACGAUUUCCGGCAAUGUGAAAGUUGCCUUCAGUGGUGCUGCAGCUCGAGCAUUCUAUCGAAGUCUGGGUUUGCAGCGAGGUGGCCGAGUACGCCUUCAAGGCUUCACCUCCACACGUGAAAACGACAUGGAGGUGCUGCGCUUCAAAGAUGUUCACCCUGGCGUGAGCAUCAAAGUAGUGGCCACAGCUGCAAUGUCACUGGAGGGCGAAGAAGUCCUGCGUUUGCAGGACUUGAAGGGGCACCUGGCCAAGGUGAAAAGAGGCGAAGCGAAAGCAGUUGUUUCGGUGCAGGCGUUGGCCGGACGCGUCGGGAAGCUGGAGCGGCAAGAGCUGGCCCUUCAGCCUGGCGAAUUUGUUGCCACCCGGACAAUCCAGCUCCAUUGCCCAUCAUCGAAUCUGGCCUGUGCGUGGCGCCUAUGGGAUGCACAGGCAGAAAAGUUUGGAGCAGAACUACAAGGCCAGCCGCUCGUGAUCAACGGAGCCCGUGUUCGUGAAGCGCGUGGGGAGGCGGAACUGACGGGCUGCGUCAGCCUCGAUGUCGAAGGCAGCAGGACUUCAGCUUCCAUUCUGAGUGCGGGGUAG